GCAAAUAGUUAUUUGCUAAAUAUCGAUUUAUCAGCUGUGCAAAACUUAUCGACACCAUCUCAUCUCUAAAUCAACCUUGAGAAAUGGGUGGACAUCACGGAGAACCCUAUCAAGUGCCCCACGCAUCGGCCUACAAAGUGGAGGCUGUGCCGCAGCUGGUGGAAGUGAAGGAAGCGCUUGCUCGCCAGGGCUUGAGGGAUCCUUGGCUCAGGAACGAGGUGUGGCGCUAUGAACCCAAGCAGUUCGGCACCCACAGGACUCGCUUGAACACCUUCCUUUUCCGCGGCCUCGGUGUGGGAUUCUGCGCUUUCCUUGUCACCGCCGCUGUUGAAUAUGGCCUGGGCAUUGGAAAGGGUCAGGGCGGUCACGGCCAUGGCCACGGUCAUGAGAAGGACGAGCACGGAGAUAAAGGUCACCAUUAGUUAAAUUUACAGAAAAUAAACCCGCUGUGGGAUUUCGCUUCGAA